UGAAAGAAGUUUAUAUGAUAUAAAAUUUGAAAGAGAUCGUCAAAAUGAUUUACGUGAAAAAUACAAUAUUCCUCCACCAUUUCAACGAAAAUGGUUACGACAACCUCGAUAUAUACCUCAGGAACGACCUAAUUUUGGUCAAAUUCAACAGUCACAAGAUCCAUAG